ACUUGCAGUCUUUGAAUAAUCUUAGUUAUUGAUUUUCGAAGAAAGUAUAACUUUUGCAUAGUUAUUUGAGUCUACACUGUAAAAAAAGAUUUAAAUCAUAAUGUCUGCGAAACUCCAUGAAGCCCAAGAGCAUUGCAAGACAGCAGAGAAAUUUUUGAAGACGUCUCUGCUGAAGUGGAAACCUGAUUUUGAUUCUGCAGCUGAUGAGUACAGUCAGGCAGCCCAAUGCUUUCGUAUUGCCCGAGAUUUGAAAAGCUCAAAAGAAUGCUAUUUAAAAGCUUCUGAAUUAUAUAAGAAGAAUCGCUCAUUUUUCCAUGCUGGUAAAGCAAUUGAGAAUGCUAUUAUAGUGAGCAAGGAGUUGACCAUGCCUGAAGAGUUAUAUUCGCUUGGCUGUGAAUCUAGCAGUCUUUAUCAGCAACAUGGAUCUGGUGACUCUGGGGCAAAUAUUUUGGAUAAAGUUGCUAAAAUCAUUGAAGAGAAUUCACCUGACUUGGCAGUGAAACUGUAUCAGCAAGCUGCUGAUGUUUCUUCGGCUGAAAGCAGUCAGCACCAGGGUUCGGAAUAUAUCAGCAAGGCUUCAAGGAUCUUAGUCAGACUCCAGAGGUACGAUGAAGCUGUAGACAGCCUGCGUCAUGAAAUCGGCUUCCACCAAGAGUCUGGUAAUAUCAAUGCAAUCGGGAGGUUAACUGUUGCUAUUGUUCUCGUCCAAUUGGCAAGAGGUGAUGCUGUUGCUGCCGAAAAAGCAUAUAAAGAAUGGGGUAACAACUGUGAAGUUCCUGAGAUACAAACACUUGAACAAUUGUUGCAAGCCUAUGAUGAAGAAGAUCGGGACUCUGCCAAGAAAGCACUUUCCUCACCUUUUAUUCGCAGCAUGGAUGUGGAGUAUGCUAGACUUGCAAGUACAAUACCUCUUCCAGAAGGUUUGGAACCAGUUCCAAAAGCUAGUGUAAGAGAGAAUGCAGCUCCAUCAUAUGUAAGCCAAAAUGCAGCAUAUAUGGAGCAGGAUGAUAAUGCCGAAGGAAAAUCUCAAGACACCAGUUUUAAUACAUCUGCAAUUGACAAUACAGAAAGAAAACAUGAUGACGAAGAUGAGUUGUGUUAAAUAUGCUUCAGAUAAAGAGUAGCUUGUUCUACUACUAUAUUACUUCUCUCAUCUUUUUGAAAUUUCAACUUUGAGCAUAGAUAUGUUAGUAAGCUAUUAUAUCAUUAUAAAGUAAAAUAGUAACAAAAGUAACAAUAAAUUAAUCCAUUUAGGUAGUUGCGAUAUAAAUAUAUAUACUAUAUUCCAAUUUCAAAAUAACUGAAAAAAAAAACCUUAAGAUGGAAAUAACUCUGUGCUAAGCAAUGUCAAAGUUCUUCAUACAUAUAUCUACUACUUAUAUCAAUUUUAAUUUUAUUUCCAAAGACAACAACAUCGCUGAGAUUUGCUGUUUCCCAUAAUGAUUUCCAUAGAUUAUUUUAUAUCUUGAUCAACAAUAUACAUUUACAAUAUAUAUUUACAAUACUGGGCCAUUGGAAUAGGCAAUACAAUUGACGAAAUUAUUUUCGUCAAUAUAUUGUCUAUGCUAUUUUUGCUUAAAGUCCGUCGUGUGUAUAUGUACUUACAGCAGUCCGUAAUAUGAAUAUAAUAUACAUAGUAUUUGAAUGUAAUUUUGUUGGAACGAAAUGUAAUUGUCAUCUUGUUUCGUACAUGAUAUUUCAUGAAAUUCUUAUGAUGCGAAAUGAGUUAUAGUAGCGAGUUAAGUUCAUUAACUUAAUAAACAUAUUGCUAAGCUAAUAAAUUAUUGCACACUGAUAGUCUUAUGAUUAUUAUAGUGUUAAAUGAAAAGAGAUACAUAAAGGUUAUCAUACUUUUAUUUUUAUGAUUGUUAUGAAUAAAAUGUUAAAGCUAUAUUUUUUAUUGCUGUUAUAAAUUACAUAUGUAUAUUUGAAUAUGUUAGCAAUCAUAGUCAUAAUAUUACCAGCAGUAGUUUCUAUAGUUAAAGUAAGAAAAUUGAUAUCAUAACUUGAAUACUGAUAUUGUAUAAAUAUUACCUCUCUAAUAUUAUCCAUUAUACACGCUUCAUAUUCCAUAUUUAAAUUUUAUGAAAUUAUUUAUUUUAAUAAAUGAAUGAUAACAUUUUCGUAAAAAUUUUUGUUUAGAUCAUAAAUAAGUGUUAUUAAUCGAAUAAAAAGCAAUACCCUAUGAAUAACAUAUUAGUAAUAUUAUAUCUCAUACAUAAAAAGGUACAGAAUGUAUGUUACGAAAUCGAUGCAUGUUCGACUGCACUGACCUUAAAUGAUCUCGAGUAGACUGAAUCUGAAGACGUAGUGCGGACAGGACUACUAGGUAGAUCGACGACCUUGGUGGGUUCGUGAUAAAUCAUCAUGGAAUCCUUUGCACAGCAGUGGACGUCCUUCGGCUGAGAUUAUAAUAUUAUAGAUUAUUAUUAAUGCAAGUUUUAAUUAAUAAAGUUUAUCUUGCAUUUUAAGAUGAACAUGUACGUCAAUAAUAUUAUAUUAGGCUAGUAGGAGUAUUAGAUAUUUUUAAUUCUUUUUUAUGAAUCGAUUUUAAUGUUUCUAAUAGGAUUGGGUUCAGUAUAGUUUCAAAGUGGUUCAAUUUUAUUGUUACUGAUUUAUAAAUAUAUAUAUACCAAUAUCAGCAAUAUUAGUAAUUCCGCUAUUUAAGAAUUAUUAUUAUAAAAUUGCUAUGUGAGUUUAAAUAGUACUUCAAUUUUUCCUUAUCUAGCGGUGGUAUACGCCAUUUUUAUGCGGGCUAACGUGAAUUAUGUAUUUAGAAAUACGCACUAUAAAUGUCAAUUUAGUAAAUAUUUAAUAGAAAAGCUGCUUCUGUUUUGAGAUUGAAAUAAAUGUAUG